GCCUGGAUGUCUAAUUUUGUUUUGCUCACAUGACACGGAUCUUUAAAAGAAAAGGACAAUGGCUAAAUGAGGACAAAUCUCAAAUAAAACCUACAGCCUAUUGUUACGCACAAUCUUGCAAUGUUGGACAUGGAAAUACCUGCGAUGAACAUUAAGUUAAUACGGUUAAAUCGUGUUUAGAUUUAUGCUGAACAUCGCUCAAUACACAGGUCCUUUCUUCCAUUAACAGUUGGGAUCAACUUUAAAUCGACAAUGAUGCCGCUGUUCAAUUGACAUUGAAGAAUGAGUUCUGAAUACUGUGUGAUAGCAAACAGAGUAAGAUAAACCAACCAACACCUUUUAAUUUUUGUCACACUUUCGGAAAUAUUUCGGAAAACUGAGUUUUCUCGCAUUCGUAGUGUGUCAUUGAAAUAUUUAAAGUGUGUGCUCAAUAAAUAAAAGGAAUGGCGCUUGAUGAAGAAAAGAAACGUCUGUUGGAGGAGGACGAUGACCCGACACAAACGGAGAGUGACAGUCACAUCAAGAUUCCAAAGCGGACCAUCAUUAUUGAACCGGUCCUCAUCCUCUUUGCACUGUCCAUGCCUACAUCAAUAAUAAACAAACAGUUUAUGUACUCCAAGAUCGGAGCAGGGUAUAAUUAUACAUAUCUAGGAAAUGGAUCCGCCUGUGAUAGUGUAAAUCAAACUGGUCCGGGAUACUUGAUGGAGCAGAAGGUCCAGGCAGAAACGUCCCAAUGGGAAAUGUACAUAUCGCUUGCAUAUACAAUCCCGGCGCUUCUGUCCAGUUUGUUCAUUGGAGCGUUGAGUGACAAAGUUGGCCGAAAACCUACGCUCCUAUUAGCCAUUUUCGGAGGGCUUUUCAAUCACAUCAACUAUACCAUUGUUAUUUAUUUCAAUUUGGAUAUACCCUGGUUGUUCGUGGGUAGCUUUGUUAAUGGGUUGUCUGGCGGAUUUAUACUCAUCAUCGCCAAUACUUUUUCUUAUAUCAGUGAUGUAAUCGAAAAGAAGAACCGCUCAUUUAGAAUCACGGCGCUCGCAAGUUGUAUGGGAAUUGCUGCGGCUGCCUCAACUACGGCGUCUGGAUAUAUGAUAGACGCCCUCGGAUUCACGUGGCCCUACGUCAUUGUUUUGUGCAUUGAUGUCGUCAACUUACUGUACAUCCACUUCGGAGUACCUGAGACAGUCAUUAAGAAAAAAGUGCCAUUAAUAAGUAUUGGAAGUGGACUAGUGAUCCUGAUGUGCAGAUCUAACAUGUCUAAGAUCAUACAUCCAAACGAAAUGGGGGCUGUAUUCGCUGGGAUUGCGUGUGCUGAGAACCUGGCUGAAGUAGUGGGCAGUUCUUCCUUCAACGCCAUCUAUUCGGCCACACUACAGAUAUUUGACGGAAUCGUCUUCAUCGUAAUGGCUGUCAUCAGUCUUUUCGCACUCAUCCUAAAUGUGGUUUAUAUUGUUGCACUGAGACUGCAAACGAGGCGGACGCAAAUGGGACAUGCAUCUAUCAAUUAGGGUUAUAUGCAACUGAACCCGGAGCUGAACUAUGUUUCGUUGAUACCCGGGGAUUGUGUACUAAACGAAACACUGGCAUCCUAAUACCCGAGGGUGCACUAGACGAAAUGCUUUGAAAGAAAUAGGAGUACCGGGAGACACAGUUGGACCUUUACAUGUAUAUAUAGAGCUGUGAUCAUGAACCAUACACAGUGCCAAAAAAAAUCAUGAUCAAGCGAGUAUCAAUUAUAAACUUAAAUGCCAUCCAUCUCCUGAUUAAGGAUCCAAGUUUGCUCAAUUUUAACCAAGGAGAGUAACCCCCCCUAACAUUCUCUAUAUUAGGCUACAGAAUAUAAGAGGGGGGUGACUUACUCCCCAUGAUUUUAACCAACCUAGUCACAAGCAGUAGAGGUGGAUGCUGUCUGUGUCAUGUUGUUACCUUUGAAUUGAACCAAUUCGACUAGUAGGGGUGUUUGACUUACAGGACUGAUUGUCUUACAGAGGUGCUUGACUAAACAUAGGUGUUUGACUUACAUGUAGAGAAAUGCUUGACUGGCUGAAUUGUUUGACUUGCUUGAGUAUCUAAAAAGAUAUUUCAUUUACAAUCCAUCCUCAUUGUACAUAAAUAAAAAUAACAUGAAAGCAGUGUUUAGUUUUCCAACCA